ACGGCUAACCGUAUUGACUGCGACAGGGGUUCAACUCUGCAGCUCAGCAACUUGUUUAAGACAGCAUUGAAGAUGAAGCUUGCCGCACUUGCUUCCCUGCUGGUGAUUUUGGCUUUCCAGGCCGAAGCUUCCAUAUGUCCCAACGGCCUGGAGGUGUGGCUGAUAAACGGCCAUGGUAUGACAGGGGAUGGACUUUUUAGCCCGGAUCCCUAUGUUGUGGUGAAAGUUGGCGGUGACAGCAGAACAAGCAAAGUCGUCAGAUCGUCUCGCAACCCAAGUUGGUGGGAGAAGUUCAGAUUCAACGGUGCCAACAGCGAUAGCAUUUCCAUCGAGGUUUGGGAUAAGGACAGUGGAAUCCGUGGCAAAGAUGACAGGAUUGGAUCCUGCAUGCAGCCAAUUAUGCCAACGACAACUUAUCAACCUGUAGAGUGCAAGACCGAUGACAACGGUUUUGUCAAGCUCUUUUACAAGUGCCUUUAAAUGUAACCUGCUCUUGGAAAAAACAAGAGUAUAAAUUAAAGAAAAUAUACUUUCUCUUUCAAAUGUUGAUAGGAAAUACAACUUCUCAUAAAACACUAUGCUACAAUGUGCAAAAUAGCUAACAUUGUUUACCUCUGUGUAAUUGAAAAUUGUGUUAAGAAAGCAUUUUUUUCCUUGUUGGCUUUUUGGAAAUUGCAUCUGCUCAGUUUAUUUUCUACACAACUAUAAUAAAUGUUCACAGAAAGUAAGAAUUCUUAUUGAAAUGUGAGACUGAAUGAAUAAAAUCAAAUGAAGAAAAGAAUAUUUGUUUUCAAUGUGUUUGUCAGACCACUCAUAGCACAAAUUAAACACUUUCAUCCCAGUACACUGUCACAUAUACCUCUGUGCUUAGCUCAAAUAACAUACAAACAUUCAUUUAAUGGAGAGUUUAGGGAGGUAUGAAACAUUUUCCAUGCUGACACAUUUAUCAUGUUUGAAAAUCAAAGAGAUGUGAUUCAGAAACUUACUGCUACUGUAACAUUUAUUGGUGAAACAUAUGAACUCCACUUCCAACAAGUCCUCCAACAUAAACCGCAGAAGAGGUCGCGUGUCAGUACCACAAAUUACGGCAUGCAGGCACGUAUUGCAGCUUGUGUUUCAGGUCACAUAUUACAGCAUUGUGGCACGGUUUGCGGUAAGACGCCGCAUUCUAAGAAUAUUAUAAGGGUUGAAUGCAGCUGAUCCAUGCUAUAUAUGUCUGGUCUAUGAAACCAUAGCGCUGCAUUUCUAUAAGUUAUGACCAUAUGGCUCAUAUCUCUAGCCAAUCAAUAGCUGUUUUUUAAUCCGGUAAAUCAUAUAUUUGAUCUUUGUCAUAGUUGCAGGUGAUGUGACAUUACACAAAUGGGGCAUUUUGCUCGAACAGAUGAUGAACUGAAUAAACCAGCUGUAACUGGUGGAUCCAUCCGCCCAUGUUGAUGUGCUCCCAAUGCAGACUUUUCUGUUUCAUAACAACAUCUUAUUAUUUCAACCUUUACUCCUGAUGGACAAAAGUCAUAAUCCCUUCAGCCAUUCAAGGCUUUUUAGUUUUUUUUGCUGAAACAUAGUAAUGUAUAUUUGAUGUCUCAGAUAGGGGGUAUUGCUGUAUGAAUGGGGCCAGUUUGUUCAGACAGUU